AUGGAAGAGUUUAGGGCACAAGCAUAUGAGAAUGCCAAGAUAUAUAAGGAAAGGAGUAAAAAGAGGCAUGACCAAAAGUUGAUGCUACAACAUUUUCAUGUUUUUCAACAAGUGUUACUUUACAAUUCCAGACUUAAGUUUUUCCUUGGAAAGCUCAAAUCUAGAUUGUCAGGACCUUUUGAGGUGCAUCAUAUCUAUCCCUAUGGAGCUUUUGAUAUCAAAAAUGUUGACGAUGGGGAGUUCUUUAAGGUCAAUGGUCAAUGCCUGAAAGUUUACAAUGGAGCUCCAAUGUUGUGUGACAAGUCGGUGUUGUAUCUGUACGAUGUCUGA